GCCUUACCGAAAUUUGACUCCUCAAAAUCUCUCCUGACUGUUUCAAAUUUACAGGUACUGGAAGACAUAUUUAAUUGGAGUCUGUCUUUAACAAUGGUGCCACUGUGCAACCAACAAAUUAUGAAUAAAUUAACCUUAGCCAAAAUGCAUUUCAUCAUUUGUCUUUCUGCCACAAUAAAUAAUAUACCUGAAAAAGUGGAAAAACACAUCUAUUCUGUCGAUAACAACAGCUUGAAGGAGCCAAACAGAAUUACAGCAUCAAAUGUAAAAGUUGAUGCUGAUAAGAAUUCAAGACAACAGGAACAAAGAGGCACAAUGGUGCAGCUCAUUGACUGUAAAGAUGAAUUAAAUAUGGCCAUGCUGAAGGGGAUUUUAUUAACAGAAGCUGAAGAAAGUCUUAGCCAUCUUGUGCAGAACAUACAGGACAAAUAUGAUGGGGAGAUAUCUUGGUGUUCUGCUGAAGACUUAGAGGCUCUUAUUGAGGCCAAACUUCAGCUUGCUGCUAUUUCUCAGCAAAGGCAUCAAGCAGCUUUCAGCGUUGCUUUGGCUUUCUCUGCAAUUCGACUUCUCCAAGAUGCAAAAAUUUUUAGGAUGCAAGUGACACAUUUUCAGGAAGAAAAGGAUGAAAGGGUGUGUUCGGACUCUUAUGUUGAAGAUGUUCAACUGCCUCACAGUAUAACAGCACAAGAUCAUAUGAGCAUACAACUGUGGCUAAAGUGUCGUACAAUGUUAGUGACUGCGCUAGUAACACAGAUACAUGGCGUUGGUGAUAUGGAAGAAAAUGAUAUGGCUGAACGCAGAAGUGUGAUAAAAGAAGUAAUACUAGAGGCAGAAGCCUUUGGUGAUAUCGAGACUCAGGCUGAAAUGAUGGUGCAAGCUGCUAUUCUUGACUUGCAAGAAAAACGUCCCGUGGCAGGCAUUAAACUUCUUUUGCAGAAUAUCAUCAGUUUACUCCAAGAGGAUACAUUUAUUUCCCCUCCAGCUUCUUUGACUCUUGUGAAAAGUAUGCUUCUGCUGGCAGACAUACUAACACUGCAAACAGUAGAGGAUACAGAACAUUGCUCUUCUACAGUGGAACCAUUAAACUUACUAAUUUUGGCACAUGAGCUUACCAUUAAAGCCAUUUUUGUUUGUGGAGAACCCAUUGAACGGCAAAUAGAAGACAGUACAUUGACUUGCCUGGUCCUACCUGCAAAAAAUAUCUACUUGCCACAUAUCAACUUGCUAGCCCAAGUCAAAAUGAGAAUCGGACAUUCAUUAGCUGAAAAAGUAGCUUGUACACCUGCAAGAGGAGAUCCACUGCAAUGGCUACGUGCUCUCAAACAUUUAGAAUCAGCACUGAAGCUUUCCAGAGCAUCUGCAACAAAAAAAUUAGAUAUGGAAGCUGAACUUCUUUUUCAAAUAGGUAAGGUAGAACUCCAGAUAACUGAAGCAGGCAAUAACAAGUCAUCUCAAGCUGUUGAAACCCUGGUGGAAGCUAUAAAACUCAGCCAGCAACAUGACCAAAAAUUUGAGUUAAUAAGAAGAUCAUACCUUGAAAUAGCACUAUUAUAUUUGCAUUUUGCCACAAAUAAUGAGGAUGUGUCACAGACAGAUAAGAUGGUGACUUCCAAAUCAAACACCUUUUCUGGAGAACUGUCUUCUUCUCCUGAGGAGGCUCUGAAAUCAGAAGGCUACAAAGUACAAGCAUGGAUUGCAGUAAGAGCAGCUACACAGAUGUCUCUUGAAAUUACUGGAAUUACAUCAAAGAUGUCAUGUGUGAGAAUAGCUUCUCCAGUUUCUGUCAUCGCAGAAGCAGACAGUCAGAUGGAGAGUAGGGCAGCAAAUGCUUCAAAUAAGGAAAUUAACAUUCAGUGGUAUAUUCCUUCUCUGGCAAAGCCAUCAAACUAUAAAGAGACUAAGGUUUUGCUGCUUUAUGCUUAUAAUACAAAGCCUGUCAAGAUUAGCAACAUCAAGAUUUACAGUUCAAUGUCUAUGUCUUCAGGCCACUUGUGGAUUCCGUUGGCUAGAAUGAUUUCUUUACGGGAGAAAUUAUCUAAUCUGAAGCAGCAAGUUGAAAUGUUGAUGCAAAGUUCUAAAAGCUUGUCUUCAGCUUCAGAACCCAUAAGUUUUCUUGAACAAAGUGAAACCUGGAAAAUAAUUCCUUCAAAAAAAUCCAAAAUGAAUGUUGCAAAAGUGCAUCUUGAUGAAAAAACAGAA